CAGGAUAGAAUUGUGAUACCUUUAUUAGAAGUUAUAGAUUUAUUAUUUGAGGCUGGUAUAUUACAAAAAAUUGAUCAAAAUAAUUUUAGAUUUUGUGGUAUGACUACAUUAAGCGGUUCAGUGAAAAAUAGAGCAUUAUUUCAAUUACUUUCACUUUUAAUCCAUCCAUUUCCAAAGAUAAGACGAUCAACAGCAGAUCAAUUAUACUUAACAAUUACUUCAGCAGCUGAAAAUGAAGAAUCUGAACAAAUGUUACAAAUUGAAGAUAUAUUAACUAAUACUGAUUGGUAUUUUAUGAUUUAA